CUCCAUCCGUACACAGACGCAUGUGAAAAAUCGCGUCAGAAACGGUUGCAAAGGAGAAGUACAUUAUCAACCUGUGUACAUCAUAUCAUUUGUAUACGAAUGUAAAGAUGAUGAAAGUGGUGUUGGUAACCGGUGCAAACAGUGGUAUAGGUCUUGCCCUGUGUGAACGUCUGCUAAAUGAGGAUGUGCAUCUGCAGCUCUGUCUGGCCUGCAGGAACAUGCAGAGAGCUGAAGCCGCCCGUCAGGCUCUUCUUGUGUCUCAUCCUCGAGCUCACAUUUCUCUCCUACACUUAGACGUGGGUAACAUGCACUCAGUAAUCCGGGCUGCUGAGGAGUUCAAGACAAAAUACAAAAGAUUGGAUUAUCUGUACCUCAACGCAGGAAUCAUGCCUAACCCCAGAGUAGACUUCAAAGCCUUUUAUAAAGGCCUGUUCUCCAGAAAUGUGGUUCGUAUGUUUGCAACGGGGGAGGGUAUUCUGACCCAGGAAGAUAAGGUCACACCCGAUGGUUUGCAAGAGGUGUUUUCUACUAAUCUUUUUGGUCAUUUUCUUCUGGUGAGGGAGCUGGAACCCUUAUUGUGCCAGACCGAUCACAACUCUCUAGCGAUCUGGACAUCGUCCAGUAAUGCUCAACGCACUGCCUUUAGUCUAGAUGACAUUCAGCAUCAGAAAGGCCGUGAACCCUACAGCUCCUCGAAAUACGCAUCUGACCUGCUAAGUCUAGCACUUAACCGUCGCUACAACAGCCACGGUGUGUUUUCAUCAGUGAUAUGCCCUGGAUUGGUGAUGACUAACCUCACUUAUGGCAUUCUACCAUCAUUCUUCUGGACCCUCAUCAUGCCAAUAAUGUGGCUGAUAAGGAUAUUCACCAAUACGUUUACCCUCACGCCUUAUAAUGGAGCAGAAGCAUUGUUUUGGCUGUUCAUGCAGAAACCUGAGUCACUGGACCCGAUGGCUAAAUACCACAGUUUGACCUCUGGGCUCGGAAACAGUUACACUCUUCCUCGCAAGAUGGAUAUUGAUGAAAACAUGUCAGAAGCCCUCUAUGCAAAGUUACAAGAACUUGAAGAUACAGUGCGGAGGAGACUAAAAGAGGAGCAUCUCGAUAUCAAAGAAAAAAGCUGAGGCACACUGAUGACUAUUGGAACCCUUAAUCGACCUUUUUGAUGUGAUACCGGAAAGGUCUUAUUCCAAGUGCUUUAAUAGGGAAAAAAACUCUUAACAGGCCUUAUAUACAGAGGUUGGACAAAACAAUAUGAACAAGGGGUGUUAUGUGUGUUAAUAUUAAUUGUGUAGGCUACUGUUGAAAAAAAUGUUGCGGUUAUCUUCUGUUACUUCAUUUUGUCUGGGUUGCUUGCCAAAUCAAGGCUUUUAAAUGUGUUGUUCCAGAACAAAUGUUCAGACAGGUAAUUACAAGAAAUGGGUGACUUGUCAGAUUUCCAAUGGGGACAAAUUAUGCAAGGCCAUUUAGCAGGAACAUUUGACCAAAAGUCUCCACAAUUAUAAGAGGAUUGAGAAGCAGGCUCCCUGUUCCAACGUCCCACAUUGAAUGUAAUGUUGAUGGUGUUUACAUUAUUUUGUCCAGCCCCUGUGUGUGUGUGUGUGUGUGUGUGUGUGUGUGUGUGUGUAUACUGUAUACAGUGGAUAUAGAAAAGAAUCACCCCCCUUCAAAAUAAUCACAUUUUGUUGCUUUGCAGCUUGAAAUGAAGAUGGACACCGUUUUUGUUUUAUCCAACUGUAUUUACUCGAUGAAACUUAUAGCAUCCAAGAGAAAGACAUAACACCAACAUAUUAUUAAAAAAAAAACUGAGUCAGUUGGAAAAAGGAUCACCCCCUACAAAUGACUUGCAAACUCAAUCAGGUUUAGCUCAUGAUCUUACUAAAUGGCACACAAAGCCAUCUAACUUUUAACUGUAGUCAUUUUGAUAAGCUCAGCAUGAAAAGAGCUUUUCCUAGAGCAUUUCAGUCCUUUAUGGUACCUGUGGCAAACAAUCAUCUAUGGGUGGCAAGGCACUGUCCAAAGAUCUCUGGGAAAAAGUUGUGAACAGAUACAAGUCAGGAGAUGGAUACAAAAAUAUUUCCAAGGCUUAAUCAAUGCCAAAUAGUACAGUUAAGUAUAUUAUCAAGAAGUGGAAGGUGUUUGGUACAACACAGACCCUCCCUGGAUCGGGACGUCACUCCAAACUGUAUGAAAGAGACAGGAGGAAACUGGUCCGAGAGGCUAACUAGAGGCCCACACCAUCUCUGAAGCAGUUGUAUUUGACAACAAUAUCACAAAUUCUCCACAAAUCUCGCUUAAUAGGAGGGUUGCAAGAAAAAAGCCACUCCUCCAGAACGGCCAAAGGCGAUCAUGACUGAUCUUUGCCAAAACGCAGCCUUGAAGAAUCUGAGGCCACAUGGAAAAGGUGUUUAUUGGUUUAGGUGAGACUAAAAUGGAAUUAUUUGGCCUCAACACUAAACGAUAUGUCUUGUUGAAAUCCAAUACACUCACCAUGCAAAACACCAUUCCUACCGUGAAGCAUGGGGGUGUUUCUCUGCAUCAGGGACUGGAGCACUUGGCAGGAUAUAGGUGAGAUGGAUGGUGCAAAAUACUGUCAACUUCUUUAGGGAAAAUCUACUGCCCCCUGCAAGAAAGUUGUCUGUGGGAAGAAGGUUUAUCUUCCAGCAUGACAACGACCCAAAGCACUCUGACCCAUAAAUCUGACCACAAAGGGUUUUUAAAGGAGAAACAGGUGAAUGUCUUUGCAUGGCCUAGUCAAAGCCCAGACUUGAACCGCAUUGAAAUCUGUGGAUUGACUUGAAGACCGCAGACCACAAAAGGUCACCAUUAAAUUGAACUGAACUUGAGCAGUUUUGCAAGGAAGAGGGGGCAAAUAUUGUGCAAACAUCGAAGUCUAGAUGUGCAAAGUUAGUAGAGACAUAUCCCAACAGACUAAAAGCUGUGGCCUAAUUAAAGCAAAAGGUGGUUCAACAAAAUACUGACACAAGGGGGUGAUUCUUUUUUCCAACUCUGUUAUUCUUGUUUUUUUCUGACAUGUUUGUGUUAUGUGUUUCUCAUGGAUGCUAUACGUUUCGCUGAGUAAAUACAGCUGGAUAA